AUGACCAUCCCUGAGUUUUUUCAGGAGUCAGUAAACCGAUUUGGGAUUUAUCCAGCCCUCGCAUCAAAGAAGGAUGGAAAGUGGGAAAUCCUGAGUUUCAAUCAGUACUAUGAGGCUUCUCGGAAGGCUGCGAAAGCCAUGAUCAAGCUGGGCUUGGAGCCUUUCCACUCAGUCGGCAUCCUUGGGUUUAACUCCGUCGAGUGGUUUAUUGCUGCUCUUGGUGCCAUCUUAGCGGGGGGCCUUUGUGUUGGUAUUUAUGCCACCAACUCUGCGGACGCUUGUCAGUAUGCCAUUGCUCACUCCAAAGUGAACAUCCUGGUGGUUGAGAAUGAGCUACAGUUGCAGAAAAUCUUUUCGAUUCCGAAGAACAGGAUACAGACCCUAAAAGCAAUCAUCCAGUACAGACUGCCGGUGAAGGAGACCAAAAAUUACGACCUGUACUCUUGGGACGAUUUCAUGGAACUUGGCAACAGCAUCCCUGAUUCCCAGCUGGACCAGAUCAUAGGGAGCCAGAAGGCCAACCAGUGUGCUGUCAUCAUCUACACUUCUGGGACCACGGGCCACCCCAAGGGAGCGAUGCUGAGCCAUGACAACAUCACAUGGAUGGCAGGGGCGGCGGCAAUGGAGUGCAACCUGUCUUUAGCUCCCAAAAAGCAGGAGGUGGUGGUCAGCUACCUUCCGCUCAGCCACAUUGCAGCUCAGAUGAUGGACAUCUGGAUACCCAUGAAAGUCGGGGCUUCCAUCUACUUUGCUCAACCAGACGCGCUCAAGGGCACCUUGGUCAACACUCUGCAGGAGGUAAAGCCUACUGCCUUCAUGGGGGUGCCCCGAAUUUGGGAGAAGAUGCAUGAGAAGAUAAAGGAAGCUGCUUCCAAAUCUUCAAGCUUGAGGAAAAAGGUGUUUUCAUGGGCAAGAAAUGUUGGUUUAAAGAUCAACACAAAAAGGAUGCUGGGGGCUCAUGACACGCCCAUGAGCUACCGCAUGGCCAAGGCCCUCGUGUUCAGCAAAGUCAAGAGCAGCCUGGGCCUGGAUCACUGCCACAUUUUUAUCAGUGGGGCCGCGCCCCUCAACCAAGAGACAUCGGAGUUCUUUCUGAGCCUGGACAUACCGAUAGGCGAGGUGUAUGGCUUGAGCGAAAGCACGGGGCCCCAUUCCAUGUCCACCCCGGAGAACUACAGGAUUCUCAGUUCCGGCAAAGUCAUGACUGGGUGUAAGAACAUGCUGUACCAGCAGAACAAGGAAGGCAUUGGGGAAGUCUGCCUCUGGGGCCGGCACGUCUUCAUGGGCUACCUGGGAAGCGAGGACGCGACCACAGAGGCCAUCGACAAGGAGGGCUGGCUACACUCCGGGGACUUGGGCCGCGUGGACAACAAGGGUUUCCUCUACAUUACAGGCCGCAUCAAAGAAAUUAUCAUCACUGCCGGUGGCGAGAACGUGGCCCCCAUCCCCAUCGAGAACCUCGUUAAGGAGAAGCUCCCCAUCAUCAGUAACGCCAUGCUGGUGGGAGACAAGGCCAAGUUCCUGAGCGUCCUGCUGACGCUGAAGUGUGAGGUCGACAAGACAAGCGGGGAGCCGCUGGACAACCUGACCUGGGAGGCCAUCAAGUUCUGCCGGGACGUGGGCAGCCAGGCAAGCACCGUGACCGAGAUCGUGGAGCUGCAAGACCCCCUGGUCUACAUGGCCAUCCAGAAAGGCAUAAACGCUGUGAAUCAGCAAGCCAUCUCCAACGCACAAAAGAUUCAGAAGUGGGUCAUCCUGGAGAAGGAUUUUUCCAUCGGUGGAGGAGAGCUAGGUCCCACGACAAAGAUGAAAAGACAUUUUAUAAUCCAGAAAUAUAAAAGGCAGAUCGAAAACCUCUACCACUGACUUCUUUGGCAAAGCUGCUCCGGGCUGCCCCGAUGCCUCCAACAGGAAGAUGCCAUCGCGAUGUGAUCUGCUGCUCUGGGUGGGGACUGGAGUCUCCCUUAUUUCUGAGAAGCCAGAUUCCCUCGGGUCACUCCUCCUCGUCCCCCUGAGGAAGAGGCACGCCCUUUCUGACCUGCCCCGCCUUCAGCAGCAACAGGCCAGUCACAGAUCUUUGAGUUACUAUGAAGCAUCAGGGUGUGAUCCCGGGGAAGCUCACAGGGAGGUGUCUGAAGAACUGCCUGUUUAGAAGAUCUGACCUUAUAGGUUCCAACCAGAUGUUUUUCCUCCCCAGAGGGUUGA